UUGUAUUAUGCAGUAUCCACACCUACCGAAUUUCGUCGACAAACACAUAACAAUCCGUUUUGAUCUCAGUGAGCCAGGUUUACAGACUGCCUUCUUCGAGGCCACUGAUCCCUCUGGAUCUCUUCCAACGACCACCUUUCUCAAACCUCCUGGCGAAAGGUGUCAUCUGAUGGCACUUGCUGCGAGGUAUAUCAUCACCCGCCGCCAAUCUUGUGUCGAGUAUGCCAGCAGACGUGGUAACGGGACGCUUCCCAAAGACCAGACCAUCAGGGAAAGCCACUUCGGUCAGUCCUUUCGCAUGGGUCAUUUCUGAUCCCAGACAAGUUUCAGAGGGAAAUUAAAAGCGACGGUUGUAGAUGAAAACUAUGCCAACGUACAACCGAUUCCUGUCGAACUUGCGUGUGCCAGCAAACCAUGCCCCACGAUCGGCGUGUCGCCUUUGGUCGCCCAGCGAGGCCAGUUGGCUUCCACCAUCUUGAGCAGCCAUAUAUGUCCAUGCUGCCCAGCUUCCUUGGAUUCUUCGUGCUUCCAAAAAGCCAUCGCCUCCACUCCCUUGAAGAUUCCACGAACUCAUUACUGCGUUAAUAGUCAGCGACUCUACCUUGCUGCCUAUCCCGUUCAGCUGAUGAUGUGGGGUAGGCUGCAGUCCACGAUCUUGCCAAUCUGCAUCCUUCUAUUGCACACAGUCAUCUUCGUGCAAAGUGCUGGAGUUUCUGCGCUGGCUUGGAUCGUCUUGUUUCUUUGGGACGCGACCGGCCGUCGAUAUCCUACUAUCAAGUCGUCAGGCAUCACCAGCAUAUACUGGCUGGUCAUUACCGUCCCAUCACCGCUGAGAACCUGCUGCUUUAGAUCAAGGCUACCGUGGAGUCAUCGCAUCGGUGCUUUGCAGGUACUAGCGGGGUUGUGGUUGCUGGUCCGCCUGAUGGAACCACAUCUUGUCAGCAAGGCUAACAUGGCUGCGACCAGCGGUUUUCGCAUGGUUGCCUACUACUUCGACGUCUCGAUAUUAUUUCAGAAUAAGGUGACGACGCAAAGAACAUUGCAAGAUGUCGCCACCCUUGAUUUCAACCUUCUGUGGGGAUAUGCAUCUCCCAACCACAACCACUCCAACAAUGUGCGCGGAAAGAAGUCACACUUGCAGAGUCAUUGCAAGAAUAACGAGGUGGUUGACAUGGAAACAGAUGAAGUAGACGUGGAAGAAGACAUGGAGACGGAUGCAAGUGCAGAAGAUGUCACGGAUGUUGACUAUGAUGACACGGAUUCCAUGGAGAUAGAUGAGUACGCAGAAGUGGUUUCCAUGGAGGUUGAUUUCAGUGAUUGUGAUGAUGCUGGAAUCGCCAUGGGGAUUGACGAUGACGAUGAAACUGACAUGGAUGUCGAUUUGCAUGAAGAUGAAAUCAUGGAGUGGGAGGAACCGUGGAGGAUUCGUGGAGGAUGGGACCGCACGGGAUUCGAGAUUGAGCCAGACCAUAUCUUCAUCAGACAACCACUGUACAAAACCUGGAGCUGUGCCGAUGUGAAGACUGAGCCCAUGGACUGGGAGGAAAACAUAACCGAAGCAGGCUGGAAGUGGCUCAAUUUUUCCUUUACCUUGAAUGAGAAAUCGGUUCCUAGGCCUGCUGCAUCUUCUGCAGCACACAUACCUCGCAAGACGCCUUAUCCUGGAUCAACACCGCCACCACCAACACUGUCACCUCGUGUAGACGAUAGAGUGGAACCUAAUCCUUCACUAUCUGCAACCACCAGAGAUAGAUAUCUUACAAGUGCGGGUGAUGCCAAACAAUCUGAACGCCGAAAUCAUCCAACACAGAGUCUUGGUCUGGGAGGACCAAGUGCUCUUGGAGAUCACACCAACACGAAACCAACAGAACCUUGUAAUCGGGGAGCUCACUCGCGGAAGAGAUCACGGCACAGCGUCAGUAAAGUAGCAAUACAAGGACGCCACAGCAGCCAUAAACGACGGCAGGAACUGAGACACAUGGCUUCCCGGUGUGUACUAGCUACUCUCGAAGCAGAACGAGCGAAGCGGGGCGAGAAGGUCUCAGAAGGAAUCAAAUUGGCAAGACCCCGAGUCAGACAGAAUCAUGAGACGACCAAACUCAUUCGAGCGUUAGCAGAACUCGGACUAAGAGAGUACAAAAUAUCGUCCUCCUCAGAUGCGCAACUGACCUAUAAAGCUUCGGACCGUAAAUACGCGAAGAUGACACAAGGACUAGCAAAAUGUAGCAUGAAAAAUAAACCAAAUCGGGGGCUUACAAUGCCAUCAAAUUGUCGCCAACCUGCAUCUGCCGGAAAUAUUCCAGAGGAGCAGCAAACACGAGAGGUUGACAAACUUGAUCGCCUCCAUCGGUCUUCAGGGCUAAUGAAUCUCGCAAACAGUUCUAGCCAAGCCCAAGACGUAAAUAAUGAUGUUAUCAAGCAACGGCACGGUGAAGCUGGUGACGGACCUGCAUGCACCAAUCGCUACAGAAUGAAAAGAACGACAAGAAGGACUUUUCUACAAUUUUCAGGCCGCGCCGAUUUGUGA